CGUUGAUCCCACAGGCCAGGCUGCCAAAGGCGGGGGAGUUUGGACUCCGUGCAUCUGGGGGUGCAGGCACACCUCUCCUGGGGAUCCCGCUGCAGUGGCCCAAGGGUCCCGCUGGCGCUCCGUCGUCUCUCCCCUUCUUUCCUCUCCUCCUGCCAGGCGCAGACUAGGAGGAGUCGGAGGUGCUGGUCACUGGGCCGGCUCAGGGCUGGGGGCUGGCCCUGCCCCGGAAGCGGCUGGAGCCUUCGGACCUUAGACGCAGGCCGCUGGUGCUGACCGUCUGCUUGCUUCCUGUCGGGGCUGUUACCGAUAAAGAUGUGGGCACAUCCCUGUUGAAGUGUGUUUGUGGAGGUCCCUCUCCGUCUCUUUGAAUGCUGAGUCUGCUGGUGCUGGCACUGGCCCUCCUGCGGAGCCUGGGCCACGCGGCCCCUGCCCCAAGGCAGGACCUGGAGAGAGUGGGCAUCGUGGGGGGGCAGGAGGCCUCUGAAGGCAAGUGGCCCUGGCAGGUGAGCCUGAGACUCAGACACCAGUACUGGAUGCACUUCUGCGGCGGCUCCCUCAUCCACCCCCAGUGGGUGCUGACCGCUGCGCACUGCCUGGGACCGGACAUCACAGAUCCCGCAGACCUGAGGGUGCAGCUGCGGGAGCAGCACCUCUAUUACCGGGACAGGCUGCUGCCCAUCAACCGGGUCAUCGUGCACCCCAACUACUUCUCAUUUGAGAACGGGGCAGACAUCGCGCUGCUGGAGCUGGAGGACCCCGUGAGCACUAAGCACAUCGCCCAGCUGGUCGCUCUGCCCCCUGCCUCGGAGACCUUCCCCCCGGGGACCCCGUGCUGGGUGACAGGCUGGGGUAAUGUGCGAGAUGGAGUACCCCUCCCGCCGCCGUUCCCCCUGAAGCAGGUGGAGGUCCCCAUCGUGGAAAACAGCAUUUGUGACGCAGAAUACCACACCGGCCUCUACACGGGGGACAACGUGCAGAUCGUCCGUGACAACAUGAUCUGUGCCGGGGCCAAGAAGAAGGACUCCUGCCAGGGCGACUCUGGAGGGCCCCUGGUCUGCACGGUCAACAGCACCUGGAUGCAGGCGGGUGUGGUCAGCUGGGGUGACGGCUGUGCCCAGCCCCACAGGCCCGGCAUCUACACCCGUGUCACCUACUACCUGGACUGGAUCCACCAGUACGUCCCCGAGGAGCCCUGAGCCCGUCCCUCGGGCUGCCACCCAGCGCCCUCCUGACCCCGACCACUGCUUCCUGCCCAGGUGUCUGCCCUCUCCACCUACCCUGCCCCCUGCCCUGAGCUCCCCCAGCCCAGGGAGUGGGUGGUGGGCACUGCCCCUCAUUAAAGUGUGUGAUGAGCACA